AAAUUACACACUGUCCUGCAAUGAUGAAUGUAACCAUAUUCAAUACUUUCAUUAACGAGACCUCCAUAAGCAGCAACAGCAUUCAACUGUCCGAAAAUGCAAAAAUUGUUUUCAUUGGUGUCAUCAUCUUCUGCUUCUGUUUCUUCAUCUACUUCAUCCUAGUACUUCUGAUGAUUUACUUCACCACUCCUCACGUCCGGGAGAAUGCACGAUACAUCCUUUUUGCUCAUAUGCUCAUCAAUGACACUGUGCACCUCAGCCUUGGGCUCUUCCUGUGUUUGGGCUUCGGAUUCCUCCUUUAUAUUCCUGUACCCAUCUGUUACAUUCUGGUGACCUGUGCCACAGUUACAUUUAAAAUCACUCCGUACAACUUGGCCAUCAUGGCCUUGGAACGAUACGUGGCUAUUUGCUUCCCUCUUAGACACAUCAUGUUAUGUACAGCCCAGAGGUCAUAUUUUGCUAUUGCAGCAAUGUGGUUUGUUGGGUGCCUUCCCAAUUUUGCUGAUUUUAUAGUCCUCAUUUCCAGUGUUGAGGUGAAAUAUUUCUCCCAAAAUUUACUGUGCAAGCGGCAGUCAGUACUUCUCCUACCAGCCCAAAACACUAUACAAUUAUCCACCCUAACUGUAAGUUUUAUUCUAGUGUCUCUGGUCAUUCUCUUCACCUACAUCAAGGUUAUGCUGAUAGCUCAAAAAACUGGAUCCGGGAAGUCUUCGGCCUCCAAGGCUGGUAGAACCUUGAUCCUUCAUGCAUUUCAGCUCUUUCUAUCUUUGCUCUCUCUAAUUUCUUCAUUUUCAGAAACGUAUCGUGGAGAUUAUUCCUUCAUUGUUGUUAUGCUCAAUUUUUUGUUGUUUACUUGUGUGCCAAGACUUCUCAGCCCUCUUAUUUAUGGCAUUAGAGAUGAAGUAUUUAGUAAAAGUAUUAGUAAAAUGUACUCUACCAUCAAAUAAGCUCUGUGUAAACCUUCAUUCUUUGAAGGUACCAGUUAUUGUAAAAUGUAUUUUAGAUUUGCUCUACUGAACAUAAUGCUGUGUACAGGCCAACUUUUGAACUUCUUGGACCAACAAGAAAGUGGAACUCACCUUUCCCCUGCUGGAUCAUGCUUUAGAGAGGUUUUUGCCUUCCUCAGGACCAACUGUGGGUAUAUGAUUCUGCAUA